AUGAGUGAACCAAGAGUGUCACACAUGAAGGUUGCAAGAAGAAUUCUAAGAUACUUAAAAGGAUCGAUAGAGUAUGGAAUUCUAUUUCGACAAGACUCUAAAGGCAAAGAAGCAACAAUCACUUAUUUUUCAGAUGUUGAUUGGCGUAGAGAUAAGGAAGAUAAAAAAAGCACAACUGGAUAUUUCUUUCAAGUAUUUGGUGUCCCAAAUUCAUGGUGUUUGAAGAAACAACCAGUGAUGGCAUUAUCAUCGUGUGAACCUGAAUAUAUAGAAGGAUCCUAUGCUGCAUGUCAAGCAAUUUGGACCAGAUCGGUACUUGAAGAAACUGAGGUCGAAGUAAAGAAACCACCUGUGUUGCAAAUCGACAACAAGUCAGCCAUAAUUUUGGCGAAGAAUCCAGUUCUACAUGGAAGAAAUAAGCAUAUCGAAGCUAGAUUUCACUUCUCGAGGGAAAAGGUAAAUCGAGGUGAACUUGUAGUUAGACAUUGCUUAAGUGAAGCAUAA